UUAAAAGAAUUCAGCUCCUCUCUCUGGAUACUUAAGGUACGGAACUAUAAGUAUGAAAAUAGAACAAAAGUAUCUUACGGAUGAGCUUCUUUGAGCUCUUUUCUUCAUUUUCAUUCACGCCACCACCACAGAAUUCCAAGCUUAGAGUUUAUAGGAUUUCAUAUCGAUAAACCUAAUUACUUUGAUGAUAUAUGCAACAUAUCUACAUCUACAUGCAAAAUGGGGCCGCGGGUUUAUUAGUUUAGUUCAAUAAGUCAUUGUACUUUGUACAUACCAAGGUUGUCAAACCGUUUUAAGUCAUUGAGCCGGUAAAGGAAGGAGUUUGAGGUUUAAUGGUCUGAUUGGAGUUUGGCCGGUUUGAGCCAUUUUAGGCGUUUUCUAAAUGUAUAUACAAAUAAGGUAGUAAUUAAAGAUUUAAUGACUGAAAUGUAAUUUAUCUUACACAUAUCUUUCAAAAACUUAUUUUUCACAAAAUAAAUCUACCUAACUUCCAUGAUCCACCCAUCAUCUCUCUUCCUUCGUUUCUCUUCCUCUUUUUCUCCUCUCGUCUUCUCCCUCUUUAGGGGUAAGACCGAAAGUUUUCUGAAAGCCAUUUUGAAACUCAACUCGAAUUAGACUGGAUCUAACGAGGGAUUCGAUAAGGAUUUAACAACCUGGUCCAUACGAAAAAUGGGGCCGUGUAUGUCAUGAUGGUCGACUAAAAUGAUGAGUGGUAGGUUAGAUCAUAUAGAUGGGGGCCCAAGCUUUGGAAAAGCAUUCACUUUAGGGUGGAUGGUAAAUCCAAAAAAGCCCAAUGUUGCUUAGCAGUGGAGACUGGAGACCGGAAAGAGUAACAAACUAUUGGAUAUUUGGAUUGGUAUCUUCGUCCAAGGAUGGCAAUCAAACUAGGAUGGUAAUUUGUAUCCGUUGGGUUUUAUGCGAUGCGGUGGGUAUUACUAAUAGUGUGAGGCGGAACAUGAGUAUCUAAUUUCGAUGUGUUUUGAUCCGUCUUUUUAUUGGCAUAUUUUAUCUCAAUUCUUUACUAUACACAUUCAUAUUUCUCUUAUUUUGACUUUUCUUCAACUAGUUAGACUCAAUUAUCAGUUAUAUUAUCACAAAUUUUCAUUCAUAAAGUGCUUUCUCCUUCAUUUUAUCGCAAAAAGUAAAAUUUUGUCUGUAUUUUGUUCAAAUAACAUGUAAGAGUGAAUCGACCCGUCCUGCCCCGUACGUGCGCGGGUUUACCUGACUUGACCCCAGUAGCGUGGGACGGGACAUGAAUAUUGAGUUACCUCCCCCGCCCCAUUACCAUCACUAAUUCAAACCCACCAUAACAGAUAACUAAUUGUCACUGGCCCAGUCAAUAUGAAGAAUCACGCAUUUUGAUUGAAUAUGAAGCUGGUGUAGGUAAAAUUCUCAAAAUAUUUGAUGGGAGCCUCCCAUCCCAUAUCCCUACCCACCUCAUCAACAAACACAUAGAUAAAAAAAUAAAUAAAAGAAUUAUGGUACCAUUCGGCUAUAAGAACAAGAUAUUUGGGCAUUAUUUAUAUUCCAAACAAAAGGAUCGUAAUUCACCAUUGAACACUGGAAAUGAACAAGAGAAUAUAAGUCAAUCUAAAACACAGACAGAAAAUGAGGAAAACAGAAAGAAAACAGGAGGCAAAAAGCACUUCCUGGAACCAGAAAAAAUUAGACAUAAAAAUUAGAAAAAAGAAAGAAAGGAAAACAACAGACCAAAAGCCUAUUGCGUUGCGUAAAGCAUGGAAAUGGAAUAUUGAGCAACAGCCGUUAAAACGACAAGAAAAAAUAAAGUAAGUCAAUAAAUAAAACUCAUUAUAAAUAUAAACAAGUGGAAAAAAAAAAGAAAUAAUCCCAGUCUGAUCUGCUGCAACUCGUCUCACCGCAACUCAAUGCUCCCUCGCCUGAGUCGUUGACUCCAAAGCACCAACCUUGCAUCACAAAGUCAACCGUCUUUCAAUCCAACGGUCAGAAUUCGACGUCCUUAUGCUUACUUCGGUACAAUCAUACAACAAGAAGUCCUCCUGGUCUCGCCAAUAAUUAAUUAAUUCACUAAUUAAUGAUCAGCAUUUUUUUAAUUAUUUUGUAGCUUAACUUCUCUCUCUGCUUUUCUAUUUUUCUUCUUUUCCCUUCUAUUUUUUGUUUAAUAUUUUGGGUGGGUUCUCUUCUUCCUUUGCGUUUGUUCUCUCUGCGACUUUCCAGCUUCUCUGUAUCAUCUUCGCUGCCUCGUCUGCGGAGAAGCUGACACUUCGAGCUGCGCGUGUCAAGUGAGCCCAGCAAGCAAUCCCGCUCAAAGCUUUUCCUCCCUCGCUGCUGUCUCAGCUUCGGAUUGUCUCAGCUUCGCUAAAAAAGUACGUACCUUUGAGUGAAUUUUGGUGUUUCGAGUGCUUGUUUGUAUCAUUUCAGGAGAUGGGUUCGGAAAUUUCUGACCCUUUUGUUCGUCUGCGUGAUGGUGUUGAUUCCUUUCUUGGUUUCCAUUCCCUUUGCGAUCUCCUGCUGUAAUUUUCUUUUGGUUCCUAGAUCUGUUGAUGGUGGAGUUUGUCUUUUGGGGUUUGCUUUUCGGCUGGUGGAUUGUGGGUUGAUUUUGGCUGUGUAAAAUGUGAGUUUUUGGAGAAAUGGAUCUACAAUUUGAUCAGUUAGUGUUAGAGUGGAGUAGCUACUGGAAGUGGAGGGGAUUAGUUGAAUUUAUGGUUUCAGUGAAUUUUUCCAUUGACUAUGCAGUUUGACUUAGAAUGAGAGUUUUGGACUCUUGUAGUGAAAAGGAAAAGAAAAUUUGUGAUUUCUGCUAGGGUUGUUCAGAUUAGUGAAGCGAUUACUGGUCAAGCUGAGACUUUCUAGUCAUGUAGACUCUUUGGAGUCACUGAAAAUAGAAAGUUGAUGCAUGUUGGUCUAUCAUACUUGAACUACGAAGAAUUGACUAUGCAACUACAUCAUUAGCUGGUAGGAAAAGGAAUAAGAGCGUUUGCUGGAACUAUAUCUGGCAUAUUAUUGUGUAGUAUCAUAAUGCCCAGUGCUAAAUUCAGCAGUCUAGUUCAAUGAUUGUUCUAAUCUAGGCCAACAUGUGUCAAGCCAAGGGGUCUGGAGACCAAUUUUUUCUCACUGUAUUUAAAAAAAAAACAGUCUUUCAUUAGGUUGCUUAACUAGGUGGAGAAUUUAUCUUUCAACUGUUGAUGGAGAUCGGCUUGUCAUUAAUCUGAUGAUUUCCUUAAGUCUCUUUUUUCUCAUUCUGGAAUCUGAUUUAACACUUUGGAAUUUCUUGUCUCGGCAUUUCUAUGGAACAAUUCAUGAUUGUCCUGUGGAAUCUUGCAGAAAAGACCAAACAAGAGAAGUUUCAAUAUCUAUGUCUUCCAUAUGUGGCCAGUAAGUUGGGAUGGGAGUGAGGGGGUAUUUAUAAUGGAGGAAUAAGUGUCGAGUUAAAGGUGGGAGCUGCCUAUUCAUUUGACAAACAUGCCUUGGUGGAGUAAGUCAUCAUCAAAAGAUGAAAAGAAGAGAGCAAACAAGGAAGGUAUCAUUGAUGCAAUACACAGGAAAUUCAGAAAUGCAACCGAGGAUAAGAGCAGUGGUGGUAGAACUGCUGGGUACUGGCGACGUGCUAGAGAUGUUCUCUCAGAGAGAGGAUCUCUUUCCCGAGCCCCAUCAAGAUCUCCAUCACCUUCCACGCAAGUCUCACGGUGCCAAAGUUUUGCAGAAAGACCAGCUCAACCACUUCCUCUUCCUGGUGCAAGAGGUAAAACCGUUGCCCGCUCUCAUUCUGGAGUGAGUGGUUCUCCAAAGCCAGGUUCCGAUGCAAUAUCCAAGCAUUUGCACUUAUUACCCCUUCCAAGGCCUGGGAAUGUUUCUAAUAGGUUGGACCGGGUAAAUGUUGAAGUGGAUAUAGGCACUGCUUCUGUAUCUAGUGAUAGUUCAAGUGACAGUGAAGAUCAGUCAGAUUCACGUCUCCUUAGUCCCUUGACAUCAGACUAUGAAAAUGGGAACAGAACUGCUGCAAAUAGCCCUUCUAGCAUGAUGCAGAAGGAUAGGUCUCUGCUUCUUAGUCGAAAGAACUCAGGCGAGAUGUUGAAGCAUGCCGACUUUUCACUGAAUAACAAUCAGAAACCAUCUGUAUCGUCUAGAAGGGCGCAUUUAAGCUCUCAUGUACAAAAUUUACAGAUACCUAACAGAGGUGUACUUUUCAGUGCCCCUGACAGCUCAAUGUCGAGUCCAUCCAGGAGCCCAAUCAGGUUAUUUGGAACAGAACAAGUUGUAGUAAAUACUGGUUUAUUAUUACAGGGGAAGAAUUAUGCAGAUGUAGUAGGUUUACUAGGAUCUGGGCAUUGCUCAAGUCCAGGUUCGGGUUAUAAUUCUGGGCAAAACUCAAUAGGUGGAGAUAUGUCAGGACAGUUAUUCUGGCCAAACAGUAGAUGCAGCCCUGAAUGCUCCCCAAUACCGAGUCCCCGAAUGACAAGUCCCGGGCCGAGCUCCAGAAUACAGAGUGGGGCUGUGACACCUCAGCAUCCACGGGCUGGUGGGGGUUUGGCAGAGUCUCCUAAGGGAAGGCACGAGGACACUAAGAAACAGAGCCAUCGAUUACCUGUUCCACCAAUAACAAUCUCUAAUACUUGUCCUUUCUCACCUGCUUAUUCCGCCGCAACCUCUCCUUCACUACCACGGAGUCCUAAUAGGGCAGAAAACCCUACAAGCCCUGGUUCACGCUGGAAGAAGGGCCGUCCAUUAGGGCGAGGCACGUUUGGGGAUGUGUUUCUUGGAUUUAACAGUGAAAGUGGGGAGAUGUGUGCAAUGAAGGAAGUAACUCUAUUUUCAGAUGAUGCAAAAUCAAGAGAGAGCGCUCAGCAGCUGGGACAAGAAAUUGCUAUGCUGAGUCGCUUAAGGCAUCCUAAUAUAGUGCAGUACUACGGAUCUGAAACGGUGGAUAACAAGCUUUAUAUUUACUUGGAGUAUGUUUCUGGUGGCUCCAUUUAUAAACUGCUUCAAGAUUAUGGUGCAUUUGGUGAAAUAGCCAUCCGUACUUACACUCAGCAAAUAUUAUCCGGGCUUGCUUAUUUGCAUGGUAAAAACACUGUACAUAGAGACAUAAAGGGAGCAAACAUUCUGGUGGAUCCAAAUGGACGUGUCAAAGUGGCAGAUUUUGGGAUGGCAAAGCAUAUUAGCGGUCAAUCAUGUCCAUUAUCAUUCAAAGGAAGUCCAUACUGGAUGGCACCUGAGUUGUUUCAGGUGAUUAAGACUUCAAACGGCUGUAAUCUUGCCGUUGACAUAUGGAGCCUGGGGUGCACUGUUUUGGAGAUGGCAACUGGAAAACCUCCUUGGAGCCAGUAUGAAGGGGUUGCUGCUAUGUUUAAGAUUGGAAACAGUAGAGAGCUUCCUGCUAUUCCGGAUCAUCUAUCAGAAGACGGGAAGGACUUCAUUAGGCAAUGUCUACAACGGAAUCCAUUGCAUCGCCCAACAUCUUCUCAACUCUUAGAGCACCCGUUUGUGAAGAAUGCCACACCUCCGGAGAGGCUAAUCAUGACGGCUGAGGUCACAGAACCGACCACAACUGGAAGAUUAAUGGGCAUUGGACAUGCGAGAAGCUUUGACACGGAAGCAAUUCCUAUUCAUCAAUCUAGAGUCUCAAGAACUGGUUCAGGAUUCAGUGGCGUCCAUGCGCCGAGGAACAACUUAUCAUGCCCAGUUUCCCCUAUUGGGAGCCCUCUUCUGUAUCCAAGAUCACCACAACAACAUACGAGUGGAAGGAUGUCUCCAUCUCCUAUAUCCAGCCCUCUUACCGCCUCAGGUUCAUCCACACCCCUUACAGGUGGCGCCGUCCCAUUUCAUCAUCAAUCAUGGCAGCCGGCAUCUUACAUCCAUGAAACUCCAAGGUCUCAAACUGGCUUCUACACCGGUAGUAGCAGUAGUACUCCCUAUCAGGAACCAUCCAACAACCACCCUGAUAAGUUCCGAGGUUUGUCUCAAACCUCCCACAUGUUCCGGGACAUGAUUUCAGUAGAUAAUAAUGGUAGUUUUGGGCACCAUUUUGGACGAUUUGGUCAACACCAGGACCUUGGUGAAGGUCUUCCAACUUCACAGCCUGUGUUGGCUGACCGUGUUUCUCAGCAACUGCUAAGGGAUAGUGUUCGGUUAAAGCCAUCCCUUGAUCUGAAUCCUGGCUUCACAAUGCAUCAUCAUAGGCAUUCCUGAGUAGCAAUUUGCAGAGUUUUUAUGCUUCUCUUGAGGCUAGAAAAUUUCAGAGGCUACAAAGAGCUGGGCAAGGAUUUUUAGAACAGGCAUUUUGCAGAAGAAUCCACUAAUUACUUUCAACCCAUAACAAAGCGGUGGAAAUUCGAACAACUGAUAGAUGAGAAACAAAUUUGCUUACUGAGACCUGACAUGUUAGCAGCAGCUCAGAUAUUAUUCGUAGGCGCGAUGUAAACAACUGUAAAUCUUAUAAUACACUCUUGAAGAAUACAGGAGUCUAGAAAAUUUCCUGUCUGAACAUGGUGUACUCUUCAAUUUGUAACUGUAACCAUAUCUGGUAGGAAGAAGUACAGCUGCCUCAGUUGAAAGAAAAGAGGCCUGUAUAU